UUUAAAAUAAUUUUUUUUAUCAUAUUGUUGUAGCCUUCUCUUGUCUUUUCUUCACUAAUGCCACGCAACACCAGAUCCUUCUUCCUCAUAUAAAGACACCUUUGCAACUCAUUGUUGACACACCACAACACACCACCAAAAGCUUUAACCAAAUGAAGACUAUCAAUACCUUAGCAGGUCUCACUCUCUCCCUUGCCAUUUUAAUCACUUUUUGCCAAUCUAAUGCAGAACAAAGACAACCGCUUUCCACUGUUCUCAAAACUGACCAGUUUCUUAACAAAGUUGCUCACUGGGUUCAUCAGCAGAUUCAACCCCAAGAACCAACACUGAAACUAGCACCCCCUACACUGCUAGCAGGAAUUUUAUGCUUCAUAGCUGCUUCUAUAUCUAGUGCAGGUGGCAUUGGGGGUGGAGGUUUGUUUAUUCCCAUACUGAUUAUAGUGGCAGGUCUAGACCUCAAAACAGCUUCAAGCUUCUCAGCUUUUAUGGUUACUGGAGGGUCUAUUGCUAAUGUCAUGUGUAACCUCUGUAGUCCCAAAUUUGGUGGUAAAGCUUUGAUUGACUACGAUAUUGCACUUUUAUCAGAGCCCUGCAUGUUGCUAGGAGUUAGUGUUGGGGUAAUUUGUAAUUUAAUUUUCCCAGAGUGGCUUAUCACAAUUUUGUUUGUUAUUUUCCUUGUUUGGUCUACUUGCAAGACUUGCAAGAAUGGGGUUCUGCACUGGAGAAUGGAAUCAGAAGAGAUGAUGAGAAAUGGUAAUGAAAAUUUGGAAAGUUUGUUGGUUAAAGAUGGGUUUAGUUUUACAAGUGAAGUGAUCAAGAGCAACAAAAAGCCUCUUGUGGGUAUAGAAAUGGAAAACAAGUUGGGUUUUCCAUGGCAGAAAUUGGGGCUCUUACUGUUGGUCUGGUUCUCUUUCUUUUUCCUUUAUCUUCUUCGUGGCAAUCGUUAUGGAGAGGGCAUUGCACGAAUGAAGCCAUGUGGAGUAAAAUAUUGGAUUAUUUCAUCACUUCAAAUUCCUCUGGCAAUAAUUUUCACAGCAUGGAUCCUAUUGAGAAAACAGAACUGGCAAAAUCAAACUGCAAACCAACAGGACAUGGAAGACUCAACAAGAAACAGAAUGCCAAACAGGUUCGUUUUCCCAAUAAUGGCACUACUUGCAGGAAUACUGGGUGGAGUUUUUGGUAUUGGAGGUGGAAUGCUUAUCAGUCCACUUCUUCUUCACGUAGGAAUACCACCAGAGGUAACUGCAGCAACUUGUUCCUUUAUGGUCUUCUUUUCAUCUACCAUGUCUUCGUUUCAGUACCUAUUAUUCGGAAUGGAGCACACAGACACCGCCCUUAUCUUCGCAGCUAUAUGUUUCGUUGCUUCACUCCUUGGAUUGCUGGUAGUACAAAGAACCAUACAAGAAUAUGGCAGGGCUUCUAUAAUUGUCUUCUCAGUUGGUAUUGUGAUGGCAUUGAGUACAAUUCUAAUAACCAGCUUUGGAGCUAUUGAUGUGUUGAGAGAUUAUAAAUCUGGCAACAACAUGGGCUUCAAAUUCCCCUGUUAAAAAAAAAGGAAAGAACUAAGUUUUUGAGUGGCUAGCUCUAUAUGAAAAUAGUAGAAUUACCUCUCAUAUUUGAAGCGGUAUAUAAUCUGGCAACAACAUGGGCUUCAAAUUCCCCUGUUGAAAAAAUGGAAAGAACUACGUUUUUGAGUGGCUAGCUCUAUACGAAAAUAGUAGAUAAUAGAUAAAAGCAGACACUUAGCUGUUGGAACUUCCCUUAUUCCCUUUAUCAAGCAUAAUGAUGUAAUUUAGGCUUUUGAUUUGAGUUCUAAUAUGCAAUGUCGAGUUUCUCCA